GCUCUGAGAAGAAUACAGCUGCGCCAGAUAGCUGCUGACGUGUCUGCGGUGGAAACACGUCACCGAACGGCCGCAGCGAACUCAUAGCAGGUAUGCCACUGCACAGAGAGAGCGAUGGCGGGGCACUGCACUCGUCAUUCAUCGCAUUUGCGCUGCUGUGUGUUGCCAGGGCCCUCGCCCUGCUGCUGCGGCAACUCGCCCCUGACCUGACGGCAUAUAGUAGCAUAGCACAGAGUAGAUAGAGCACAACAACUACCGUGAUGGCAGGCAUGAAGCGCAAGGAGCCGCCCUGCAGCUCGGCUGAUGACGACGGCGACACAUGCGCCGUGUGUUUCAGCGAGUGGGAGAUCGAGGGCGACCAGAUGCCGCUGAACCUCGGCAGCUGCGGUGAGGGGCGGACACACACAUGAGUGGGCCGCAGCUGUGCAAUGCGUUUCCUCUCGUUUGCGUGUUGAUGGAUGUGAUGGAUGCAGAUCACGCACUCUGCAAAGAGGUGAGCGUACAGCAAACACACGUUGUGAAGCCGCCAGAGAGGCAGUCAUAUUUGGCUGUGUGGGUGCGCUUGUGCAGUGUGUGAGACGAUGGGAGCAACCCAAUGGAAGCGUCAUAUGCCCCACCUGCAGGUAGCCGAAGUGGACACACGAAUGACAUAUGCUCACAGCCACUUCCUCACUCUCUCUGUCUGUGUCAUGCGACGCAGGGUGGUUAGCACGGCGGCCUGCAUUACCAAGUCCUACGGCAUGAUCAAGCUGCUCAAGUAUCAGCAGAAGGAGGAAGCCUCCACACGCAUCAACGAGUAAGACUGAAAUAGAGCCAGCCAUCACAUCACGGCCGAUCUGGGGUCGCCAUUCUUUGCUUGCACUGCGCUGUUUGUGUGCAGGCUGGAGGGCCGUGUGGGCGAGCUGAGGGUGGGCAAGGCGUCGCUGCAGUCGCUCCACAAGCCACUGGUGCGCACAAGCAGGCCGGCUGAUGGAUGGAUGGAUGUUCUCUGGUGGGUAUGGUGGUAUUGGUUGUGUGCAGGUGUGUGUGCCUCUGGGCAGCUCGCUGACCGAGUCCGAGUUCAAGGCCCUCCGCGGACUGAUCGGCGGCCAGGUCAAGCUCAAGUCACUCUACCGGUUCGCAGAGCACACACAUUCCAUUUGUUUAUCUGCACUACCGGAUGUGUGUGGGUCGUGGUGCAGCACGUCUCUCCACGGCUCGACUUACGACAAUCUGCUGCGUUGUGUGGGCGACAAGACCGGCCUGGUGUUCGUCGUCCGCAAGGGCGAGUACGUUUUCGGCGCCUUCAUCAGUGCCGGUUUGGAGCUGCCUGACGACCCGACCGGCAGCAACCGGUACGACUGUGACGUCUGGCAUUUCUCGCUGGCUGGCCACUUCCCCCAGCCGACCAAGAUAGAUAUCAGCCGAUUGGCGCAGUAUGUGGCGGGGAGGGAGGGGAGUCUGUAUGGUGCGAGUGUGAGAAUCGGUGGGGGCCUGCGGUUGGGUGACGAUGGCAGCGACUGGCCAGCUGCCGACAUCCGCAGCUGCUUUCAGUCCACCGACAGAAACGAGGUGCCUGAGGGCUAUGUGGGGGCGAGGAAAAUAGCUAUGGCAGUGCUCUGCUGGGCGGGUCAUUCUUCUUCGAUGCGGAUGAGUUAGAGGUGGUGCACGUGGGCGGGCAGUGAGUGUCUGUUUGGGGUGCAUCCGCUUCUCGACGUGGGCGGGGCAUGAGGGCGGCAGGUCAGUGACAGAGGGAGGGGGAGGGGGAGGAUGUGUCUGUGUGUGAGGUGUCUGUCAUGGGAUUGCUCUCUUCCCAUCCCGCGCUGCCCAGACAUUCCCAUGGACAGGAGGGCUCUGUGUGUGUGUGUGUGUGUGUAUAUACGACGCCCACGAGCUGUCUGUCUGUGUGCACAGCUCAUUAUAUAUGUUCAUUCCAUCGCUUCUGAGACCCAAAGAGACUGACUCACUGAUAUGAUCGACUCAAUGCACCCGCUGUG